UCAGCCCCUGCACGUCUGUUCCCAUCAGCCCCUGCACGUCUGUUCCCAUCAGCCCCUGCACGUCUGUUCCCAUCAGCCCCUGCCUGUCCGUCUCGCCCGGCCGGUUUAAAGCAUACACACCAUCCUGUAGAGACAAUAUACGACUGUACUACUCCCCCCAUCAUGGACUGCACCAUUCGUCCUGCUGAACCUGGAGACUCCCCUCACAUCAUGAAGAUGAUCCGGGAACUGGCGGAGUAUGAGAAGAUCACACACUUCAUCCAGCUGACGGAGGAAGUAUUGCACCGAGAUGGGUUCGGGGAGACACCGUGGUUUCGUUGUGUGGUCAUUGAGCUGCAGGAAAAAGAGAAAAUUCAGUAUGGUGAGAAAACGGUAACAGAGGAUGGGGGGUACUGUUGUGGUGUAUGAUGUGAUAGUAGCGUUGUGGUGUAUGAUGUGUUAGUAGUGGUUAUGGUGUAUGAUGUGGUAGUAGUGGUGUGGUGUAUGAUGUGGUAGUAGUGUUUAUGGUGUAUGAUGUG